CCCUCAAACUUUCUCCGUGUCUUUGCUGUCUCCCUUUCAGGAAGUCCUGGUGGGAGACUCGUCCCGGAGACCUAGAGGUACCUGAAAACUUCCUUAAGCUGCAGUUGCGGUGGCGGCUUCCUAGAACAUUCAUAAGCUGGUCCUGUCACCCUGCCAGGUCAGAGGAGCUGAUGCGACCGGGAAACAGGCAGGAGCGGAGCAGCGCUGUGGAGCGGGGGUGCAUUUUCUGCCGCCACUUUUAUAAUUCUGUCGUGGAUAUCUUAGCGCUGUCAGGAAGUUUGAGAUCUGUGAACUGGGGUUGAAGGUCUCCAUAUGCUCAGAAAAUCUGCAUAACUGUAAAUCGAAACUAAGAGCCCUGGACGGUAAAGGCCAAAGAGACUUCUAACAAAGGAUGCAGGGUUUCUUAACCUUCAAGGAUGUGGCUCCAGAGUUCACACUAGAGGAAUGGGAAAGUCUCAGUUUUGCUCAGCGGACACUGUACAUGGAUGUGAUUUUGGAGAAUUACAACAAUCUACUGUCUGUGGAAAAUCAUGUGAUAUGUGAAAAACGUGGGAAGGUCUUGGAUAGAGACACAGAGUGCAUUGUCCAUGAGCAUGUGAAUAUCCAAGAGAAGUUUUGUAAAUGGGAAGAAAUUAGCAUAGUGCCUCUUGAAUCCACCCAAAGUACACCUUAUAAAACUAAUCUCCGAGAUCCCUCCCUUCAAUCCUCAAACCUGAAAAGACAUAAAGCGUGGAAAACCAGAGAAGUUUACAAAUAUAAAGACUGUAUGCAGUUUUCAAAUGAAUGUGCUAUCGUUGGUGUAAAUUCCAGAAUCCACAUAGAGAACAAAGAACACAAAAAUAAAGAAUUUGAUAAGGAUUUUGUCCAUGAAGAUAAACUGGCACUGAAACAAAACAUUAAUGGUAAGAACCUUCACCAAUGUAGUGAAUGUGAGAAAUGCUUUACCAAAACAAGGGAUCUUCAUUUGCAUCAGAGAAUUCAUACAGGAAAGAAACGUUACAAAUGUAAUAAAUGUGACAAAUCCUUUGCCCGAGAAUCCUAUCUUAGGCAUCAUCAGAGAAUUCAUACUGGAGAGAAACCUUACAAAUGCAGUGAAUGUGACAAAUGCUUUACUGAAAAAAGCAGUCUGAGAUCCCAUAUGAGAAUUCAUACCGGAGAGAAACCUUACAAAUGCAGUGAAUGUGACAAAUGCUUUACUGAAAAAGGCACUCUGAAAAGACAUAUGAGAAUUCAUACAGGAGAGAAACCUUACAAAUGCAGUGAAUGUGACAAAUGCUUUCGCCUACAAUCCCAUCUUAAUAUUCAUCAGAGAAUUCAUACUGGAGAGAAACCUUACAAAUGCAGUGAAUGUGAAAAAUACUUUACUGACAAAUGUAAUUUUAGGAUUCAUCAGAGAAUUCAUACAGGAGAGAAACCUUACAAAUGCAGUGAAUGUGACAAAUGCUUUACUGAAAAAGGCACUCUGAGAUUUCAUCAGAGAAUACAUACAGGAGAGAAACCUUACAAAUGUGGUGAAUGUGACAAAUGCUUUGGCCACAAAUCCCAUCUUAGUAAUCAUCAGAGAAUUCAUACAGGAGAGAAACCUUUCAAAUGCAGUCAAUGUGACAAAUGCUUUACUCAGAAAGGCACUGUGAGAAGCCAUAUGAGAAUUCAUACAGGAGAGAAACCUUAUAAAUGCAGUGAAUGUGACAAAUGUUUUCGCCUACAAUGCCAUCGUAGUAUUCACCAGAGAGUACAUACAGGAGAUAAACGUUACAAAUGCAAUGAAUGUGAUAAAUGCUUUGGCUACAAAAGUAGUCUGAGAAUUCAUCAGAGAAUUCAUACUUGAAAGAAACAAAGAUCAAUAGAACUGAAAGCUGAUGCUUUGAGAAAAUCAACAAAUUAGAUAAACCCUUAGCCAGAAUAAUCACAGGGCACAGAGACUGUGGCCGAAUUAACAAAUAUCAGAAAUGAAAAGGUAGACAUAACAACAGAAUCAGAGGAAUUUCAAAAAAUCACCAGAUCCUAAUAAAAAAGACUAUAUUCAACAAAACUUAAAAAUCGGGAGGAAGUGGACAAUUACCUAGACAGAUACCAGGUACCAAAGUUAAAUCAGGAACGAAUAAACCAUUUAAAGAACCCCAUAACUCCUAAAGCAAUAGAAGUAGACCUUAAAAGUCUCCCAACCAAAAAUAGCCCAGGUCCAGAUGGGUUAAGUGCAGAAUUCUAUCAGACCUUCAUAGAAGACUUCAUACCAAUACUGUCCAAACUAUUCCACAAAAUUGAAACAGAGGGAGCAGUACCAAAAUCCUAUGAAGUCACAAUUACUCUUAUACCUAAACCACACAAAGAUCAAAGAAAGAAAGAGAACUUCAGACCAAAUUCCCUUAUGAAUAUUGAUGAAAAACACUCAAUAAAACUCUUGCAAACCGAAUCCAAGAACACAUCAAAACGAUCAUCCACCAUGAUCAAGUACGCUACAUCCCAGGGAUGCAGGUAUGGUUUAAUAUAUGGAAAACCAUCAAGAUAAUCCUCGAUAGAAAAAACCUCAAAGAUAAAAAUUAUAGGAUCAUUUCAUUAGAUGCUGAGAAAGCGUUUGACAAAAUUUAACACCCUUUCAUCAUAAAAGUCCUGGGAAGAUCAGGAAUUCAAGGCCCAUAACUAAACAUAGUAAAAGUCAUAUACAGCAAAUGAGUAGCUAAUAUUAAACUAAAUGGAGAGAAACUUGAAGCAAUCCCACUAAAAUCAGGGACUAGACAAGGCUGCCCACUCUCUCCCUACUUAUUCAAUAUAGUUCUCAAACUCCUAGCCAGAGCAAUCAGACAACAAAACGAGAUCAAGGGGAUACAGAUUGGAAAGGAAGAAGUCAAAAUAUCACUAUUUGCAGAUGAUAUGUAGUAUAUGUACAUUACCCCAAAAGUUCCACCAGAGAACUAUUAAGACUGAUAAACAAUGUCAGCAAAGUGUCAGGGUACAAAAUUAACUCAAAUAAAUCAGUAGCCUUCCUCUGCACAAAAGGUAAACAGGCUGAAAAAGAAAUUAGGGAAACGAUACCCUUCAUAAUAGUUUCAAAUAAUAAAAAACACCUCGUUGUGAUUUUAACCAAGCAAGUGAAAGAGCUGUAUGAUAAAAACUUCAAGUCUCUGAUGAAAGAAAUUGAAGAUCUCAGAAGCUGCAUAGGUCUUCCAUGCUCAUGGAUUGGUAGGAUUAAUAUAGAAAAUAUGGGCAUUUUACCAAAAGCAGUCUACAGAUUCAAUGCAAUCCCCAUCAAAAUUCCAAUCCAAUUCUUCAUAGACUUAGAACAAUUCGCAAAUUCAUCUGGAAUAACAAAAAACCCAGGAUACCUGAAACUAUCCUCAACAAUAAAAGAACUUCCGGGGAAAUCACCAUCCCUGACCUCAAGCACUAUUGCAGAGGUAAUAGUGAUAAAAACUGCAAGGUAUUGGUACAGAGACAGGCAGAUAGACCAGUGGAAUAGAAUUGAAGAACCAGAAAUGAACCCACACACCUAUGGUCACUUGAUUUUUGGAGCCAAGACCAUCCAAUGGAAAAAAAUAGCAUUUUCAACAAAUGCUUCUUGUUCAACUUGAGGUCAGCAUGUAGAAGAAUGCAAAUCAACCCAUUCUUACCACCCUGUACAAAGCUUAAGUCCAAGUGGAUCAAGGACCUCCACAUCAAAUUCGAUACACUCAAACUAAUAAAAGAAAACGUGGGGAAGCAUCUGGAACACAUGGGCACUGGAAAAAUUUUCCUGAACAAAUUACCAAUGGCUUCUGCUCUAAGAUCAAGAAUAGACAAAUGGGAUCUCAUAAAACUACAAAGCUUCUGUAAGGCAAAGGACACUGUUGUUAGGACAAAACAGCAACCAACAGAUUGGGAAAAGAUCUUUACCACUCCUACAACUGAUAGAGGGCUUAUAUCCAAAAUAUACAAAGAACUCAUGAAGUUAAACUGCAGUGCGACAACCCUAUGAAAAAAUGAGGUUCAGAGCUAAACAAUGAAUUAGCAGCUGAGGAAUGUUGAGUGGCUGAGAAGCACCUACAGAAAUGUUCAACAUCUUUAGUCAGAAGGGAAGUGCAAAUCAAAACAUCCCUGAGAUUCCACCACACACCAGUGAGAAUGGAUAAAACCAAAAACUCAGGUAACAGCAGAUGCUAGCGAGGAUGUGGAGAAAGAGGAACACUCCUCCAUUGUUCUUGGGAUUGUAGACUGGUACAACCAUUCUGGAAAUCAAUCUGCAGGUUCCUCAUAAAAUUGGACAUUGCACUACCUGAGGACCCAGCUAUACCUUUCUUGGGCAUAUACCCAAAAGAUGUUCCAACAUGUAACAAAGACACAUGCUCCACUAUGUUCAUAGUAGCCUUAUUUAUAAUAGCCAGAAGCUGGAAAGAACCCAGAUGGCCUUCAAUAGGGGAAUGGAUACAAAAAUAUGGUUAAUCCACACAAUGGAAUAUUAUUCAGCUAUCAAAAACAGUGACUAUCAAAAUCAUAGGCAAAUAGAUGCAACUGGAAAAUAUCUAGAGUGAGAUAACCCAAUCACAGAAAAACACACAUGGUAUGCACUCAUUGAUAAGUGGAUAUUAGCCCAAAUGCUCAAAUUACCCAACACACACAUAACACAUGAAAUUCAAGAAGGAUGACCAAAAUGCAGAUGUUUCACUCCUUCUUUAAAAGGGGGACAAGAAUACCCUUAGGAGGGGAAAGGGAUGCAAAGUUUAGAACAUUGGCUGAAGGAACGCCAAUUCAGAGCCUGCCCUACAUGUGGCCCAUACAUAUACAGCCACCAAACUAGAUAAGAUGGAUGAAGAAAAGAAGUUCAGGCUGACAGGAACUGGACAUAGAUCUCUCCUGAGAGACACAGCCCUAAUUCGGCAAAUACAUAGGUGAAUGCCAACAGCAAACCACUGAACUAAGAACAGGCCCCUGUUGAAGGAAUCAGAGAAAGGACUGAAAGAGCUGAAGGCACUUGAGACCCCAUAUGAACAACAAUGCCUACCAACCAGAGAUUCCAGGGACUAAGCAACUACCCAAAGACUAUACAUGGACUGACCGUGUGCUCCAAGUGCAUAGGUAACAAUGAGAAGCAUAGUAAAGGCACCAGUGGAAGGGGAAGCCCGUGGUCCUGCCAAGGCUGGACCCCCAGUGAACGGGAUUGUUGGGGGGAGGGCAGUAAUGUCUGGAGGAUGGGGAGGGGAACACCCAUAUUGAUCGGCAAGUGUACUGGUUAUGGGGAUGUUGGCCUGGAAACAGGGAAAGGGAAUAACAUUUGAAAUGUAAGAAGUACCCAAUUUUAUAAAGAUGGGGGGAGAGAGAAAUGUAUCUAAUAAAAAAAAAGUUAAAAAAAUAAAAGUACACAACCUUUCCUCUCCUCCCAGUACCCCUAACUGAAUUCUUUACCCCAUUUCCAUUAGAAGCACAAGUCCCUGUCUAUUGGAUGUAGUUAGUGAAGAUCUUUUCUUCACCUACUUUUAUCCUGAAGAUGGUGUCUUUUGACUUACAGAAGCUUUUCACAUUCACAAGUUUCGAUUUAUUAAUUCUUGACCUUAGUUCCAGAGCCAUUGGAAGUUCUCUCCUAUUCACAUAGUUUCAAGGCUAUUCUCCAAUUUCUGUGUUCUUAGAUUUCAUCUGGAUUUGUAAAGAGGUCAUUGAUCCAUUUGGAUCAAAAUAUUGAGUAUUUUGCAGGGUGAUAAAUAUCUGCAUUCUUCUUCAUGAAGACAUCUAGUUAUACCAGCCUCGUUCAUAUAAGAUAGUCUCUCCUUUCCAUUGUAUGGUUUUAGCUUCUUUUUCAACAAAUCAAGUGUACAUUGGUACAUGGAUUUAUUUUUGGAUCUACAGCUGUAUUGAAUUGAACCACUUCUCAGUAUCUAUACCAAUACAAGCAAGUUUUAUUACUAUUGUUCAGCACUAUUGCUUAAAGUCAAUGAUAUUGAAACCUCUGUAAGUUUUUUUAUGCUACAGGAUAAUUUUAUCUAUCCUGUGUUUAUUAAAGUCAAUGAUAUUGACACCUCGGUAAGUUUUUUUAUGGUACAGAAUCGUUUUAUCCUGUAUUUAUUUUUUGUUUAUUUAUUUUGAUAAUGAGAUGAAGGUUUUAUUUUUUCAAAAUAUGUGAAGAACUGUGUUGAAAUUUUGAUGGAAAUUGCACUGAAUCUGUAGGUUUCUUUUUGGUAAGAUGGACAUUUUUAUUAUGUUAAUCCUCAUGUUACAUGAGCAAGGUAGAUCUUUCUGCCUCUGACAUCUCAGUUAUUUUUUCUUUUUGCAAAUACUUGAAGUUCUUGUCAGACAAGUUUUCACUUGCUUGGUGAGAGGUAAAUUAAGGUAUUUCAUUUUCUUUGUGUUACUUGUGAAGGGUUCUGUUUCCAUAAAUUCUUUCUCAGUCUGUUUAUUGAAUUUAUAGAGGAGAGCUAUUGAUUUUUUUCAUGUCAAUUGUUUAUCCAGCCACUUAGCUAAAAUUUUUAUCAACUGUAGUUUUCUGGUAGAAUUUUUUAUUUCACUUGUAUAUACUAUCAUAUCAUCUGCGAAUAGUGAUAAGUUUACUUCUUCCUUUCCAAUUUAUAUCCCUUUGAUUUCCUUUAGUUGCCUUAUUACUUGAGCUAGAAUUUCUAGUACUGUUUUGAAGAGUUAUGGGGAGAGUGGACACCCUUGACUUGUCCCUGAUUUUAUGGAAAAUUCUUUAAGUUUCUCUCCAUUUAAUUUGAUUUUGGGUAUUGGCUUGCAGUAUGUUGCCAAUAUUUUAUUUAGGUAUGCCCCUUGCAUCCCUUUUCUCUCCAAGAGUUAUGGUAAAGGGGGUUGGAUUCUAUCAAACAUGUUUUUGGCAUCGAAUGAGAUUUGUUUUUCUUUUAAAAGUAUUUUUAUUGAAAAUGUUUUUCUUUUUGUUUUUUAAUUAUAUUUAUUUUUAUUCAUUUACAUUUUAUUCAAAUGUUAUCCCCUUUCCUGGUUUCCCUUCCAUAAACCCCAUAUCCCAUACCCUUUCUUUAAUGAGUGUGUUCUGCCACCCAACCACUCACCCCUUCCUACCUCCCCUCCCUGAGAUUCACCUACAUUGGGGGGUACAGCUUUGGCCAGACCAAGGGCUUCUCCCAGGGUUCCCAACAAGACCAUUCUCUGGUACAUAUGCAGCUGGAGCCAUGGGUCUGUCCAUGGUAGUCUUUGGGCAAUGGUUUAGUCCUUAGGAGAACUGAUUGGUUGUUAUUGUAGUUCUUAUGGGGUUUCAAGCCCCUUCAGCUCCUUCAAUCCUUUCUCUAACUCCUCCAAUGAGGACCCUGUUUUCAGUUCUAAGGUUGGCUACUAGCAUUUGCCUCUGCAUUUAUCAUGCUCUGGCAGAUACUCGCAGGGGACAGCUAAAUCAGGCUCCUGAAAUUAUAAUGGCAACUCCAGCUUGAUUCUUUGGACCAUUUGCUUGGACAAUUUUUUCCAACCUUUUAUUGUGAGUUAUUGUGUCUUUGUCGCUGAGGUAUGUUUCCUGUGUGCAGUAAAAUGCUGAGUCCUCUUUUUGUAUUCAGUCAGUUCUUCUAUGUCUCUUUAUUGGGGAAUGAGUCCUCAAUUAAGGAUGUUAAGAGAUAUUAAGGAAUAGUGAUCGCUGUUUCCUGUUGUUUUUGUUGUUAGUGAUGGAAUUAUGCUUGUGUGUCUCUCUUUAUUUGGGAUGAUGGCAAGAUUACUUUCUUGCUUUUUUGAGGGUAUUGUUUCCCUCCUUGUGUUGCAGUCUUCCAUUUUUAUCCUUUGUUGGGCUGGAUUUGUGGAAAUAUAUUGUGUAACCUUGGUUUUAGUAUUGGAAUAUCUUUGUUUCUCCAUUUAUGUUAAUUGAGAGUUUUGCUGAAUAUAGUAGCCUGGGCUGGCAUUUGUGUUCUCUUCAUGGCUGUAUGACAUCUACCCAAGGGUCUUCUGGCUUUCAUAGUCUCUGGUGAGAAGUCUGGUGUAAUUCUGAUAGGUCUACCCUUAUAUGUUAAUGGACUGUUUUCCCUUACUGUUUUUAAUAUUCUUUCUUUCUUUUGUGCAUUUGGUAUUUUGACUACUAUAUGAUGGGUAGAAUUUCUUUUCUAGUCUAAUCUAUUCAUAGCUCUGUAGGCUUCUGAUGUGUUUCUGGGCAUCUCUCUCUUUAGGUUAGGGAAGUUUCCUUCUAUAAUUUUGUUAAAGAUAGUUGUUGACCCUUUAAGUUGGGAAACUUCACCUCUUCUAUACACAUUUCCUUAUGUUUGAUCUUCUCAUAAUGUUUUGGAUUUUCUGGAUGUUUUGGGAUAGGAUCUUUUUGCAUUUUACAAUUUCUGUGACAGAUGUGUUAGUGUUUCUAUGAUACCUUCUGCCUCUGAGAUUCUCUUUUCUAUUUCCUGUAUUCUGUUGCUGAUGCUUGUAUGUAUGACUCCUGAUCUGUUUCCUAGGUUUUCUAUCUCCAAGGUUGUCUCCCUUUGUGAUUUAUUUGUUGUUUAUAUUUCCAUUUUUAGAUCUUGGAUAGGUUUGUUCAGUUCCUUCACCUGUUUGGCUGUGUUUUCCUGUAAUUUUUAAGGGAUUUUUGUGUUUCCUCUUUAAGGGCUUCAAAAUAUUUAAUGCUUCAUGAAUUUGCAUGUUAUCCUUGUGCAGGGGCCAUGUUAAUCUUCUCUGUAUAGUUCCAAUUUUAGGAUAUAUGCUGCUGGAGCCAGCAUGAAUUUAAUAUUUUUUAGGAGGCUGACUGGUUUCAUGGUCAGAUUCUAAAACUGUGGGGAUGUGCUUUUUUAUCUUCCGCUGCUGUAGCAGAUCUCUUUUCCAUAAAUGAAUGACUAUAUCAACCAUAUAUGGCUUCAGUUUUCCUCCCUGACCUUCAGGUCCUAUACAUUUAAACCAUUUCAUCAUUUGUUUUAUUUUUGGUAAAGUCCAAUUCCUUGAAAUUAGAUGCCUACUUCUUUUUUUAAAUAAUAUUUUUAUUUACAUUUCAAAUGUUAUUCCCUUUCACAUUUUCCAUUCCAUAAUCCCAUUAUCCCAUCCCCCUCCCUUUUUUAGAAGUGUGUUUCCCCUCCCCAACAACAUCCCUUUCCCAUCUCCACACCCUGACAUUCUCAUACAUCAGGGUGGGGAUCCAGCCUUGGCAGGACCAAGGGCUUCUACUCCCAUUGGUACCCAACAAGGCCAUUGUCUGCAACAUAUGCAGCAUCCAGCUACUCUACCUUUUCUUCAAGUCUGAUAAUCUGUCUCCUACAGGUUCUCUAUGAGUUAUUUUUACUUGCCUUACUGAAUUUUCCUUUCAGGGUCUAUUUUGGUGUUUCUAACCUCAUAUUGAACUUAAUUUUCUUAUCCUACAUUGUUGUCCACAUUUCCUUUAGGCAUCUGCUAUUAUUUUCUUGCCCAAGAAUCAUUUUGUUCUUGUCCUCUUUGAAUUGAUUUCCCUGGUUUACAAGCUUUGACUCUGGGUAUUCAAUUCUUUAUCUUAACUGUCAUGUAAAUUGCAUUCCUAAUGGGAUAUAUGGUUUGUGGUUCCAACCAAGUGCACUUUAUCUUUGUUUUACUUUGUAUUGGAUAUAUAUUCUGAGCAUCAGAAUUCAGAGGGAUUGCUGUCAAUAUCAUUAGCUCAGUGGGUUAUACUCACAAUGUGAGAACUUAGGCAGGAGAACUUGUGUAUGAAGUGUUCAGAACCCACGGUGCAGUAUCCUACUACAUUCAGUUCUGGUCUAGUCUAUCAGCACCUUGAGGGGAAGCUGUACAGAGUAGGUCCUGGGCAUCCUGACAGCUGCAGUUGCAUGUUAGACUGCAACAGGGUUGGAGGAGUGGUUUCCAGAUGGUGAGGGUGGGUACACCUGAAUGAUCAGAUGAGUUUAAGAAAAAGACAACAUCAAAACAAAGGAACAAUCAAUCAGGGAGGCCAGAAAAAUUCAAACCAACAAAAAGAGCCAAUACCUGGUGAAAGAAUAAACAUGAAGUAAAGUGAAAAUGUAAAAGUAUCAUGAAAAUAUCUCUUUUCUCUGAGGAUUUCAGUUUACCCUCUGAGAUGUAAGAGUUGGUCACACAGUUAACAUACAUUCAGAGUCCUUCUAGAAGCAAAACUGAGGAGGAGCAAAAAAGACUUUAAGAAAACUAUUGUGACUCACGGAGUGCAGAUUGUUGAACUUCUCCAACUAUAUGUCUCUGAAAAAAGCCCUAAGUGCAGGGUCUAAUCAUCCCCACACCUGCAAGUAGUUCACAUUACAGAAUUCUACAAACCAUGAACGUGCAUGGGCAGAGUGCUUUUCAUGAUAUAAGGGGACAUUAUUCUUAAGUAAGUGAGCAAUCAUAAUUAUUGAAAAGGUGCUGUCUAAUUCUGCCUUAAUCUAGAGUAACUUUUCUACUUUUAAAAAUAUGGCCUGAUAUCAUCCCCUCUCAUUGUGCUGGGCUGACCCUGGGAAGGACUCAAAGGAAUACAGGAGGAAUGGUUAACUGUGAUGCCUAUUAACAUAUCAAUGCAGACAAUGUGGCCUAGUGCUUUCUUGGAUCCUGGUUCUCCCUUAGCAGUCCCAUCUAUCCUCUCUUCUAGUCCACAAUACCACUCCCCCACACCUCAUGUUCCUGGUUCAGUCUGGACACAACCAGAUAACUCUGAAUGCUUUCUUCCUCAGAUUGUAAUGCCAAAUAUUAUAAUUAAUCUCACCAUUAGAACCAGGUACCUUGGCAAUGCUGCAGGUUGCAUGUUUUGGAAAAUACUAAAGCUUCAUGGGAAAUUACAAUGGGUUACACAACCCCCUGUACCAUGUGAUCAAAGUCCAUACCUCUUCAGCCAUACCUUUCUGCAAUCCUGUCUUCAUUUUUUAUUCAAACCUAAGAUUUCACAUUAACAAGACCUUGUAGGUCUGAGAUACCUCACUCAGGAUGAUAUUUUGUCGCGACCAACCUCAACCAGCAAGGAAGACAUGACCAGAGGAGAACUUCUUCAAGCAGUUUAUUCAGGAACCUUGAUACAUUCUUCUACUACUCUGGGAAACGCCCUACAUCAGCUUAAGUAUCCAAUGCCAACCAACCCCAACGUGCCACGUGGGUCAUGCAGACAGGCUGUCACUAUGCGGAACCUAGCAGGCCAGGCAUGCAUAGCCAAAUAAGGACUUGUUUACUACAAGGAGUGCUCACCAUCGGGAGGGUGGAAGGCGGAAACCAGUGCCAUCUUUGAGGCACGGCACGUCACAGCUCCCUACAGUUGCCCCUUUUUGUUUAAUUAAUCAAGCAGGCAAAGGCACAGCUGAGCGUGGCGACCCCCGUCUUAGGAUCAUCCCUUCAUUAAACCUGUCUUAGGACACCUUGUCUCCCACAAGAUUCCAUGCCUUAGGUAGAAGGGAAGUUGCCCGUCACUGGGCAGGGUCACUCACACAUAUUCAGGGGCGAGGUGCAACUAGGUCUUCUGAAUGACCAUAAGCCAGGCUUGAUGGGACUGUCCUGCCUCAGUGGCUGCAAAUGCCUGUACCACCAUAGCCGCGUGCUGCCUCUGGACAAACCUCAUUCUACAGAGACAUCACAGGCUCACUAGGGAGACCAGCAGCAAGAGUCCAGCUAGGGCUCCCAUACCUGCCCAGAUGAUUCAUAGCAGCAGCAAUCCAAGAUGACAAUCCCGUAGCCAGUCCAGCAUCCGCACAUGUGGAGUCACGGUCACGAUGACUACACGUAGCUGAUCCAUUAAGAAAUCGAAUUCUCCAGUCCAAUUACCCAGAAGAUAACUUGACAACUGUUUAGACAGAUUAGCUGCACGCAUAAAACUUUCAUACUGAAUACUGGUCACACAUAGGCCAGAGUAUCUCCACUGGCAACCUAGCUGUGCAAGCUGCCACAGUGUGUCAAUUUGCUUUUGUACCAGGUCAAUUCUUUGAUUGACCAUGAUCAGGCCACCUUUAUUCAACGUAUGGACUGUCUGUACGGAAUGACUCAUAGCUAUGGCAGCAGUCGUUGCUCCUACUGCGGCAAGGGAUAUAGCUGUAAUUAUGGCAGCGGUGAUGCUGAAAUCCCCUUUUUGUCUAAAUAGAGUUAUAGUGAAAGGAGAAUUAUACGAAUUCUAGGUUUGGAGAUACAAAAUUAAAAGAAUAAACCCCAAAAGGCCACAGAUACAAAAUUAAAAGAAUAAACCCCAAAAGGCCACAGACCGAGGGCUAAGCCCUACCAAAAGGCCACAGACCGAGGGCUAAGCCCUACAGCCAGGACUAGCAGGCCAUAAAGAUAAAGGAGCACAGGAAACACUGUCCAGGCAGGACUGGCAAGCCAUAAAGAUAAGGAAAAGGAAUGCAGGAACCAGCCUGAGUUAAUGGGACUGAUUCAUAGGACAUCUGGCAGGAAGACAUCUCCCCCCAGCUCACUCAGGGCCAUAUUUCAACUAGGUGUCCUCCAGACCCUGAUAAGCCCCUGACUUCUAGCACGUACUCUUUCUGCUUUGUUCUCACUGCUAUGUUUGAAUGAGCCAAUUAUAUGUAACCACGCCAAAACCCCCUAGCCUUCUCUAUAUAACCCUCUGACUUUUGAGUUUCGUGGUCGACACCUCUGUCUCCUGCGCGGGAUACGUGUCGGCCCGGAGAUCUCUGUAAUAGGUCUCCGUAAUAAACCUCGCCUUUGCUUAUUACA